CCGAUACGGUAUUCAAAACUUUGCUCCAAACCCCUAGCUAAAACUUUGGUCUCUCACCAACUCAAGCCUCAUCAUCGAUCCGUCACAAAGACCGCUAUUGGAGCUUUCGAACAUCGCCUUGCUCUCUCUCGUUGGGUCUUUCGCCGAAAUUGAGAACGGACGACAUCGCGCCUGUCAACCACAACUGAGCAAGAAACACUGCUGAAGCCUUGUAGAUGCCGCCCAAGCUGGUAGAUUUGUACCUCCCUCGUCUAUUCAUCUCCAACUCCUCCAUCUCUCUAUGUAAACGCUGUCACAGCCAUAGUACCUUGGGAAAGUUGAUGGCAGGCAAAGCCGCAAAAUCUGUUGUGAAGGCAAUUGGGGACUACCAGUACCCGUGGCGGGAGAAAUUGGCAAAAUACAAGGGUGAGCUAUCCAAGGGUGUAUGGGGUUACUGGGAACUGGGGGCCUGGAAGCCCCUUGGCAUCAGUGCUCGUCAUAGAGCUAGACUACGCAAGGAGGUCCUCCUUGCAGGGGAAGAUUGGCCAUAUGAUCCGGAGAGGAAAGAGAUGAGAACCAAGAGGAAAGGGCACAAAUGUGAUAGAAUUGCUGCGGAAAAACGAGAAAACACUGCCAAGCUGAUGCAGGAGAUGCCACAAAUGUUGCUGGAUUACAAGAAACGCAGGUGGGAAAAGAAGAUGAAGGAAGAAGACAAGAACAAGUGAACGGUUCUCUCUCUUGCCCAGAAAAAAAAAAAAGAAAAAAGAAAAAUAAUGGUUCUCUCUCAAUCUUUUCUUUUCGAGUAACAUGGUUCUUCAUGGUUAGCUCUUUAUUACAGUUCCAUAGACUUGGCUUAUAAACUUUGUUUUCAUGCACGUACUUGCAAAGUAUUUCCUGGAGAAAUUUCUUGUGCGGUGGAGUGCACUUUUCAGUUUCCUCCCCUCAUUUCAUCAGCUAUUUUCGGAGCAGAAAUGUAUAAUUUAAUCACCAAAUGCUGAUUCACUAAGCAAUUUGUAAUGAGCUUUGCUACUCAUCAUAGACACACACUA